GCCGCCGCCGCGGCCAGUCCUGGAGGGGACGCCGCCGCCACGGCUGGCCACGUCAAAGCGUCGGCCACCGCCAGCCCCGCGACGCCGGCCAAAGCGGGCGUGUCGGCGGAGCAGCAGGCGCAGCUGACGGUGUCGCCGUCGGGCGUGAACCGGCGCACGGCCGUGCUGUUCACGCGCAAGGCGCAGGCGGCGGCCGCCUUCCGCCGCCCCGACCAGCCCGGCGCCACGCCCCCCUCGACGCCCGCGGCGACGCCCGCCACCAACAAGCGGCGCGUGGGGCGGCCGCGCAAGAACCUGGACGCGGCGCUGAGCGCGCGGCCCGAGCCCACCGGCGGCGGCAGCGGCGCCGGCGCCGGCCCCGGCCCCGGCGGCGGAGGCGGCGGCAAGGGCGGCGCGGCGGAGGACAAGGCGGCGGGCGUCCUCGGCGCCCCCUCGCUGCCCUUCUCCGAGAGCUUCCGCGUCUACCGCCAGGGAGGAGAAAUUCCUCAAGAGACAGAUGAGGAGACCCAAUCAGACUCCAGCUGCUCCAGUUGCUCCUCCACCGAGGGUAGCACAGGAUCCAGUGGAGGGGCCUCCUCCAGCAUCGACCUCCAACACCCAUCUGCAGGGGAGUCCUCAGCUGAGGAUGAAGCAUCGACAGCCACUCCACGAGCUGGGACCACAACAACUGGAGGCCCCUCUGCUGCCAGUGGAACAACAACAACAACAACAGCAGCAGCAACAGCAACAACAAUGAGCCUUAGUGACACAAGUGUUCUGGAGCCUCUUGAUUUAGUGUGGGCAAAGUGCCGCGGCUACCCUUGGUACCCAGCCCUGAUAAUUGAUCCGAAGAUGCCAAGGUCUGGGUAUGUGCACAAAGGCGUACCCAUCCCAGCCCCACCUGUGGAUGUUUUAGCUUUAGCCAGUAAUUAUGAUGAACCUGUUUAUUUGGUUUUAUUCUUCGACACUAAACGCACAUGGCAAUGGCUUCCUAGAAUUAAACUGGAGCCCUUGGGAAUAUCAAGCGAAGUAGAUCAGUCCAAAUUGACAGAAUCUCGGAAGCCCACAGAACGGAAGGCGGUGCGUAAGGCUUACGAAGAGGCCAUGCAGCAUCGCUGCCAGGUGGCUGGAGGUGUGAGACGAGGCCGUGCUGCUAGUACUGGUGCUGCUGCAGCUGCCACUUCUGGAGAAGAUGCAUGAGACCGAAAUUAUGCACAGCUUUUCAGUCUGCAGGUGUCAUAUAUUAGCCUUGAAACUUGCCAAUAAGUUAAGACUUGUGGAAAUGUAAGUUUCAAUAUGUUUGAAACUAUGUGGUACCUGAGAGUCACAUAUGGUUUUUACCUGGCCUUAUUUCACUGCCAAUCUAAAGAGAAUCUGUUGCUUUUAGAGUUGCAAUGAAUCUGUGAACUAUCCAUGGCCUUGAUUUGUACAAAUUAUAUUUCUUGAAUGAAUACAAGUUGUAGCAACUUGAUAUAUAUAUUAUGAAAACUGAGAUUAUGAAGAGUAUGUGAGAAAUGUACUUAUUAAUUUUUACAUUUUUUGUUUUAUGUAAUAUUAUUGAGAGCAGCCACAAAUUGUAGGUAUCCUUACAAUGUCAUUUUAAUUUUCUCAAUGAGAAAAUAGUAAGUAGAUCUUGGUUGAACAAGUAGUGCUUGUCAUUGCUAAUGUGCAGUUACUGGAAGAAUGUUAGGUUCUUCAGAUAUGUUACCAUAGUUCAUUACUGCAGUAUUUUAGCAUAUUUUAUACACUGAAUUAUUGAUGCAAAUAAUUAUCAUUGAAGAAACCUUUUUUGAAUAUUGAAGUGUCAUUCCAUAUUAGGUUUUAGUUCACAGAGUAGUAUUUGUUUUGUUUUAUUUACCAGUAGUUCCUUCUUAAUAGUUUUUGUUUGUAAAAUGUGUAUUGAAAAUUUUUUCAGUACACAAUAAUAUAAUGCCAAAUUAAUUUUUUUCAUUGUGUUUUCCUUAGGAUUUUUUCUCUUUUACUACAUUACAUUUUAGUGUAGAGAAAGAGUAAUGUAUGAAAGUAUUAUGACACUGAUAUGUAAAUAAACAUGUUUGGGGUUGCAACUGAAUUAUUAUAUUAGAAAAUUGCCUUAUAAUAGACAGUCAAUUUUUUUCUGAUUGUUUCAUACGAGAUUACAAGCUGGUCUUGAGCUAAAAAUGUAAUACAAUUGCUUACAUACAGUAAUAAAGUUUAAAGUAUACUAGAAAAAAUAGAUUAAAGGUAUUGUUACAUGCAGAUGUAGCAGUAAAAAUUAUUGGUAUCCCUGAAAAUAAAUCUCACUAUGUUGUUCUGAUAUAAACAAAUAUUAGAUAUAGAAACUUGGACAUUAAAUUAUAUCUUCAUUGUGUUGAAAUUUUUUACUUUUUAAAACUGUUCCAGUUCAGUAAUUAAAAAAAUUGCUUCAGGACUUUCAUAAUUAGAAUCCCAGUAUAUACAUUCAAGAAUUUAUGUGAUCUCAAUUUCAACAUUCAAAUUCAAUAUUUCAUAAUUACCAAAAAAAACUAUUUAACACAUUGACUGCUUUGUGGCCACUGGCGGCCACAGUGGUGACUCACAUAGGAUGUUGCGUGGCUGCUGGCGGCUCGUGCUCUAUUCUGAAGAAUGUACGACAAGAUUUACACAAUCUCUGGCUUGUAGAUAAAUCAUACAAUGCCUGUGACACUUGGCCUCUAAAUUAGAUCGCCAGUUCAUGGGAUAUUAUCAAUUGAUUCCUGACUAUUGGUGGUUGCUUCUUUGUGACAUUCUUACUGAUGGUUUGUUGUGGAUCUGUGCUUUAAUUGUCAUUUCUUGAUUGUAUUGAUUCACAUAUACAUAAAAUCAGGUAUAAUUUUCUUUUUCUUUAAUUUUUACUUUCUUUCUAGUGCUUGUGCAAUAGAGAGAAAGUUAUGUAAUGCUGCCAGGGAAAAGCGGUGAAUAUUCGGCAGAAAAACUUUUAUUGCUGAACCCUUGUAAUGAAAAUGUGGAUAAUUCCAGUUGCUAAAUUUAUUUUUUAGGUCUAACCUAGUGGCCUGAGGGCCUUUAGCAGUCGGUGUGUUUAAUGAACCUUUGGGCUCUUUGAUAUAUCCUUUUCCUUUUUCUGGAAUUUUUGUUGGAAACGUUUGUACUGUAAUUCUAAUUAAAUUUUGUGAUUUACUUUGUUCACUUUACUUGCUUGUAAAUGAAGUCCUUGAGAAAUGACUAUUUAAAAACAGCUAAUGUAAGCUGAAAUCACGUAAUAAUUUGUUUAUCUUCUCAAGCUCAAAAUGAAUCCUUGAGAUAUGAGCAUAAAGAAAUUAGAAAUAAUAAGCAAUAAAAUCUGUGCUUCAAUCAAAAUGGAAGAACCUUGAGAUUGAGUGAGGUUUCCUUUUAAAACAGCACGAGGCUAAGUCUUCUUAGGUUAAGCUAUUACUAUUUCGCUUGAUUUGGAAAAAUGUUCUUGGCAUAAGAAAAUCGUUUGUUUCUAUUCAUAUCAAAUGGGGUGAGGAUCUUUUUCUGAAAUUCAUUGUUAUUGAAAGGCUUUAAUGACCGUAAGAUUAUAUCUUUCAGGUGUAUAUUUCAGAUUCUGUGUGGAGUAAUCUUUUAGUAAUUCUUAGCAUUUUGCAAAAUCCGAGUUGACUUGUUGUGUCCUUGCAUAACUGAAAAUUGCAAGAGCUGCAUUUUACAAAAUCAUCAUGCUGUGAAAUUUUACAACGUCCAUGGAAAUCAAAAACCAUCAAAGCAAAAGUAAUAUUUUAUUAAAAUGUGAAUGUAUUAUCAUGUUAUAUCAGAAAAAAAUGAAAACGGUAGCCUAUAUUUAAUUUCGUUAAUCAAAGUCAAUGUAUGUAGCAUUACCAAUUGAAGUGCAGUAUAAGAAUAUAUCUGACAAAUUGAUACAUGUCUUCUUCAGCCUUUCUUUGUACUUUUCAUCUCUUGUGACAUUUAACUCUUUAAGAUUUUUGUCCCAAACAUAUUCGUUAUUUCUAUUAAAAAUGAAAUGAUUUGUGGAAUGGAAUUAUUUAUUUCGCGUUUUCAGUUGCAAUUAGCAAUUAUUUACCUAAUCAACUUUUUCUCUUUUAAAUGUUAUUUUAUUUAUAGAUAAUUAAUAAUGGGUUUCCCUAUAUUCUACCUAUUUUAGAACAAAUUACUUGACAAAAGAGAGAAAACUUCUGGUUGUAAAUAUUAGCAUUAUUGUGCAUGGUAUAGGGUGUUCAUUAACUUUCAGAAGCCACAAGUAGUUCAAAGGGUUGUGAGGUAUUGCAAUAAAUUAUCUAUGAUUCAGGGAUGUAGUUUGUUAUCUCCUUAGCUUUGAUAGUUGAUAUAUUAUAUAAUACACGCAAAAACCAUUUCAAAUGGAAUUUUCAUAUCACUUAUCAGUUGUAUUGCACAUAGAAAUAAAUAAAAAUGCUAAAAAUAGCUGCAUAUAUUUUUAAUACUUGUAAAUAAUCUUUGAGAUACGUGACUAUACUUAGCUCUAAAUUUUACUUAAUAAGUUGCAACCCUGUUGUUACUGAAGACUGAAGUGUGUAGAAAAUGUGUUCAAUAAAAUGUUGCACUUCUGAAAAGACAAUAUUAUACUGUGAAAUCAUUAUAAAUUUCU